CUGGCGCUACCAUCCAAGACCCGAGAAUCUCUAAAGGCUAGGCUCCCGUCCACGGCGGGCAGCGGCGAAGCAUCGGCCGCGGUUGGGACUUGGGAGCUAGCGGAGCAGAGGGAGUGAGCGAGGGAGGUGGGUGAUGGCGUCGCGGAAGUCGCCGGUGGCGGCGGAGGAGCGGGGGGAAGCAGGGGAGGGGGAGGGGGAGGGGGGGUGGGAGCGGUGCCCGGUGGAGGAGGUGGCGCUGGUGGUGCCGGAGACGGACGACCCGUCGCUGCCGGUGAUGACAUUCCGGGCGUGGACGCUGGGGCUGGCCUCCUGCGUCGUCCUCAUCUUCCUCAACACCUUCUUCACCUACCGCACGCAGCCCCUCACCAUCUCGGGGAUCCUCGCCCAGAUCCUCGUGCUCCCCGCGGGGCGCUUCAUGGCCGCCGUCCUGCCCGACCGCGAGGUCAGGCUCCUCGGGGGACGGCUCGGGAGCUUCAACCUCAACCCGGGGCCAUUCAACGUCAAGGAGCACGUCAUCAUCACCAUCUUCGCCAACUGCGGCGUCUCCUACGGCGGCGGCGACGCAUACUCCAUCGGCGCCAUCACCGUCAUGAAGGCCUACUACAAGCAGACGCUCAGCUUCGUCCUCGCCCUCCUCAUCGUCCUCACGACCCAGAUACUGGGGUACGGCUGGGCCGGCAUGCUGAGGAGGUACCUGGUCGACCCUGCCGAGAUGUGGUGGCCUUCUAAUCUUGCCCAGGUCUCACUCUUCAGGGCGUUGCACGAGAAGGAGGACGGGGAGAAGUCCCGGGGCCCGUCGCGGAUGCGCUUCUUCCUCAUCGUCUUCUUCGCGAGCUUCGCCUACUACGCGCUGCCGGGGUACCUGCUACCGAUCCUGACCUUCUUCUCGUGGGCGUGCUGGGUGUGGCCGCACAGCAUCACGGCGCAGCAGGUCGGGUCCGGGUACCACGGCCUCGGCAUCGGCGCCUUCACGCUCGACUGGGCGGGCAUCUCGGCGUACCACGGGAGCCCGCUGGUGGCGCCGUGGGCGUCCAUCGCCAACACGGCCGUCGGCUUUGUCAUGUUCAUCUACAUCAUCGUGCCGCUCUGCUACUGGCAGUUCAACACGUUCGACGCCCGAAGGUUCCCCAUCUUCUCCAACCAGCUCUUCACGGCCGCCGGGCAGAAGUACGACACCACCAAGGUGCUCACCAAGGACUUCGACCUCAACGUGGCCGCCUACGACAGCUAUGGCAAGCUGUACCUCAGCCCGCUCUUCGCCAUCUCCAUCGGCUCCGGCUUCCUGCGAUUCACCUCCACCAUCGUCCACGUCCUGCUCUUCCACGGCAGUGACAUGUGGAAGCAGAGCAGGUCGGCCAUGAACGCGGUGAAGCUGGACGUGCACGCGAAGCUGAUGCAGAGGUACAAGCAGGUGCCGCAGUGGUGGUUCCUCGUGCUGCUGCUAGGCAGCGUGGUUGUGUCGCUGCUCAUGGCCUUCGUCUGGAAGGAGGAGGUGCAGCUGCCGUGGUGGGGGAUGCUCUUCGCCUUCGCGCUCGCCUUCGUCGUCACGCUCCCCAUCGGCGUCAUCCAGGCCACCACCAACCAGCAACCAGGGUACGACAUCAUCGCGCAGUUCAUGAUCGGCUACGCGCUGCCCGGCAAGCCUAUCGCCAACCUGCUCUUCAAGAUUUACGGCCGGAUCAGCACCGUGCACGCGCUGUCGUUUCUCGCUGACCUCAAGCUCGGACACUACAUGAAGAUCCCCCCACGGUGCAUGUACACGGCCCAGCUGGUCGGGACGGUGGUCGCCGGGGUGGUGAACCUGGCGGUGGCGUGGUGGAUGCUGGACAACAUCGAGAACAUCUGCGACGUGGAGGCGCUGCACCCGGACAGCCCGUGGACGUGCCCCAAGUACCGUGUCACGUUCGACGCGUCGGUGAUCUGGGGCCUGAUCGGGCCGGGGCGUCUCUUCGGCCGGCACGGGCUGUACCGCAACCUGGUGUGGCUGUUCGUCGUCGGCGCCGUGCUCCCGGUGCCGGUGUGGCUGCUGAGCCGGGCGUUCCCGGAGAAGAAGUGGAUCGCGCUCAUCAACAUCCCCGUCAUCUCGUACGGGUUCGCCGGGAUGCCGCCGGCCACGCCCACCAACAUCGCCACCUGGCUCGUGACGGGCACCAUCUUCAACUACUUCGUGUUCCGGUACCGCAAGGGGUGGUGGCAGAAGUACAACUACGUGCUCUCGGCGGCGCUCGACGCCGGGACGGCAUUCAUGGGGGUGCUCAUCUUCUUCGCGCUCCAGAACGCGCACCACGAGCUCAAGUGGUGGGGGACGGAGGUGGAUCAUUGCCCGCUCGCCUCCUGCCCCACCGCGCCGGGCAUCGUCGUCAAGGGCUGCCCGGUGUUCUGAAUGUUCAGAGAGCUGACCAUGGUAACCGGUGCAUGUAAGGGCGUGGCGUAACGCAACACCUGCUUUGAGAAACCUUGGAUUCAGCCGAGCAUCGAUUGACCGAUGCAGUGUCUGUCACUCGUGAAUGUAACACGUACUUUCUUCAUCACAAAGGUGCACUUAUGGCAGUGGUGGAUUGAGGGGGAGGAAAACAGGAGCAAAAAGUCCACACAACAGCGCUCGGUGUUCUGAGGUUUAGUACACCCUAAUUUUGAGUCAUAAUGCAAAAAGGCGGCUCGGAUUUCAUGUAACCAAUAAUUUAUUCAAAGGACUUUCUUAAGAGAAAAUUGUACUUGAUUGUUGGCGGCUGGGUCAUAUUCUGAGACUGAUCCGCUGAUGGUUAUACAUGCACUAUUUGAUCUAAA